UUCAUUAAACAAAUUUCAACAUUUUAGACAUAUUUAGAUAUUUUCAUAAUAUUGGUUUUCAAAUUCGUCGUUCAAUAUAAAGUUUCGGUGCCUGUCUAUAGUCACAUAAAUCACGUAGUAUCUCCAUUCGAUUCGGCUAAAAGCAGCUGUGGAAAGCGAGCAGCGUCCAGAGCAGCACUGUUGGCAAGACGAGAUACUUUUCGACUGACUAGAAAAGCUACGUUCGCGUUGGGAAAUAGCACCCAACGACGAAUUCGCAGCCGCAUACGAGCUUCGUAGUAAAGAAGAUUUAUACUCAGUGAAGUGGAAAUUUUUUUACUUGUGCAGUACGUACUUGAUAUCUCCAAGAUUGCGGCCGGUAACAGUCCAAAUGGUAACGAGCGGAGGAGGAGCAGAACACGUCUGCUCUUGCUGAUGCUGAUGUUGCUGCAUCGACUUAGAGCACGACGCUGAUACUAAACGCUCCGAUCAUUGCGACUAGACGCUCAGUGAGCAAGCAAACUUCACGACAACGGUACAAUAGUAGCAGCUGUGGUUCCAACAACACUGAACGCAAGCCCACAAGCUGAUUGAAUUUUAUCUAUACGAAAUAUUACGGAAAAUCACAUUAGCAAUUAUUUUUUCGAGCUAACUUUUUUGUUAUUAAUUUGCGCCAGAAGAAAUCUUAAAGGUGAAAACCGUUUGCCGACGAACGUAAAAAGCCGUGUAACCUCGUGUAACUUCGUUGGACGUUUUUACGCGGCAUGUGCGAAUUCGUGAUUUGUAAAUAUUAUCUUUUCGACUUGAGAUGUUCGGCGGUGCCUCUGUGAACGCAUCUAAGCAAUGAAAACAAUAGACUUUUGUUUACUUUGAGACGUCGCAUAAAACCACUAAAUUCCAUAAAAAACCAAACAAUAAAGCAGCGAAAUGACUUCGUAUUAAACACGCUGGAGUGCAACAACAAAAGUAAUAAGCCAAGCAAAAAGUUCGAUUGCAAAACGAUUAUGAAAAACAAGCAAAAUCAUAAAAAAAUCCCAAGUGUAAUUUUACUUUAAAUUCCAAAUUUCCAGUUAAAAAAGUCUCGUGUGUGCAGUCUGCUUCUCGUUAUCAGUUCAUUCUCAGUGGAACACAAACGCACAUACAUACAUCCAAACGUACAUGCAGACAUUAUUUGUAGUGCAUAAAGGCAAAUAGCAAAAAAUAAAUAAGAAAUUUAUAAAUACACAAAUCAACAGCAGCGAACAAUUCAUAUUUUGUGUGAGUAUGUGUGUCAACAAUACGUCAUUCAUCAAAAUAUUAUUGUAUUUUAAGUUGCCUUACCUUGCGUGUUGUUGUUUUUGGCGCUAAUGCUUUUUUUUUCUUGACUGGAUGCUGUUGGUGCUUGAAAGCUUCAUUAAUUCUCAUGUGUUCCAUACAAAAACAAUACGCCAGCUAAACAGCUUUUAGUAAAGAAUUCUAACUAACUCUACGUUACUACUACUUUUUCCAAUUACAACAAUUUAAUAUCUUCGAUUAGUUACUAUGCAUUCUUGGUUAGAAAUUUUAAGUUCAAGUCCGAUAGAACAAGCAGAAUUUGCCGAUGCUAAUGAAAGAAUUGAGAAUAAUAAACGAUCAAAGACAAGGAACUCAAAUAGACGACAACAUUCGAAAUCCAACAGAGCAAGUGGUAACGUUGGCAGCACUGUAGGUGUAUUCGGUUCUAUCGGCGCUAAAUUCAAUCGCUUUGAAGAGGUUGGCUAUUCACAGCUCAGUGAACGGGACGCAGAAUUAGGUAAUAAUUCUGAAAGUGGCGAAUAUUCCAGUAGCAGCGUAGAGGAUCUUUUUGUUAGCCGUCCUCAUCGCAAGGUUAGAAAGAAAAUGCAACAAAGAGGUGGAUAUCCUUUACGAAAUAUGCGUGGUGGUUCGGAGUAAUGAACCGAGUCUGUGGAAAGAUGUCUAAGGCAAAAAUGUUUAUAUAUUCAUUCGUAACACAAGCCUACUGAAAACAUGAAAGUCGUAUCUUUGGAAACCUAAAAUUUUAAUCCGUUAUUGCCAGACAACAAGAUGUGUAGGUUGAAAAUUUGAGCUCAGCAGACCCAAAUGUACCUAGAACCUUACGAAAAAAGCGAAAAAGAAAGUAAAGGAAUUAAUUUUUGUUUUCUAGUGUAAUUUUUGGAAACAUCUAUAGUUUGAUUGUAACAUACGUAUAUAAAUUGAACCGUCAAAAUUGAACCGUGGACUGGUGGACAGAAUUUAUAUCAAUACACAAAGUGAAUGUACACUUAAGUUGCAUUAUUCGA